AUGAAAUCAUUCACGAUUAAGUCGGCUCUUGCAGCCGCCACCCUUCUGAUUGCAGCCAACUUGCCAGCAGUGAGCGCACAGACACAAGUCGAUAAGGGAUGCUAUAGUGAUUCGACGCCGUUGAAGGAUCAGGGCCCUUAUACGUACCAAAGUAACGGAUAUUGCCAGAAGCUCUGCUUGAAGGAUAACUAUGCUGUUUUUGCCUUGUCGAAGGGCACAAACUGUCUUUGCGGUAACCAAUUACCAGCAACAUCGGCUAAGACAGAUGACAGCGACUGCAAUGUCAAAUGUGCUGGAUGGCCUGAUGUUAUGUGCGGUGGUAAUAAUGCGUUUUCCGUGUAUCUCACGGGUAUCGAAGAUAAUGUGGAUAAUUACUCAUCCUCCUCUUCCUCCUCCUCCUCAAGCUCUUCCUCUAGCACCGAGAGUGGAGCCUCGACAACCACCAAUGGAGGGACUGUCGUUACCACUUCUGGUGGACAAACAGUGACUAAGACAGCGGAUAGUGAAAAGACAACGCAGGGUGCCGAGGAAAAGGAGAAGAAAAAUUCUGGAUCGAAUACUGCUGCCAUCGCUGCUGGUGUCGUCGUGGGAGUUGUUGGUUUCUGUGCUUUGGUGGGAGCCAUCUUCUUUCUAUGGCGGUUUAGGAACCGUUCCAACAUGCCCGAACAGUAUCGAAACAACAAUAUUGACAGAUUUGGCGCCAAACCCAUGUCCCAAAGCUCCAUGUCUGAUUCUAGGUUCGACGGUGACUUCAUGGCACAGCGGCGCCAGAGCAAUGGCAGCAUCGAUGAUGACCAAGACUUUUCCCGUCGAAUUUUGCAGGUGACCAAUCCCGAUCGCCGCUACUAA